AUGAAACGGAUUAUACUUUCAUUUUUAGCUUGGUCCUUGUUGACCCAUUAUCUCGUCACCUCUCACGACUCGUCACCUGGUCGUCGAGCAAGCUUCGGUCCUGAACUUAAUCACCGAAAAUAUGAAGCCCCUUCAAUAAUUCACUAUGGAACUUUUUCGGGUUUUAGCACCGCCGACUCCCGAGAAAUUGCGAAGAACUUUGUUUCAACACGAUUGCAUCCAAAUGCUGACUUUAUCAUCAAGGACAUUUACAAAUCCGAACACAAUGGCGUCACUCACGUUUAUUUCAAACAGGUUUUCAACGGCUUAAUCGUGACCAAUGCUGAUUUAAAUGUCAAUAUUGACCGAUUUGGUAGAAUAAUAUCUUAUGGUGAUUCGUUCGUCGUUCCAAGGCCAAAGCCAAGAGAGGGAAUUUCCAAUCAAGGGAAUGACGAUGACGAUAAUUUCAUCGGUGGUCAAUUUCGUUCUCAAUUUACACUCGGCAGCGAGGAUGGUGACAACCCCAUCCUUCUUCCAGGUAAACACGUGACCAGGGAAGAACUGUAUUAUCACGUAAACGAUGAAGUUGGCGAGAUCAUCUCUCCCGAGAGAGCAUUGGAAUAUUUCGCGCGUUUCGUAAAUAAAGAAAUGACGCAUCCGGAAAAGUUUGAGUACACGGAAUACAGUAGCCUCGACGGCAAUGAUCAAGCCCUUUUAAUUUCCAAUGUACCGUUCGCUCUUUCCGACGUGAGAAUGAGUCAAUCCUACAUCCAGAUGGAUGAUCAAUCGUUGUCACUCACUUGGGACAUCCAAAUUGAGAUGGAAGAUAAUUGGUAUAAUGCUCAUCUGAACGCCUACACCGGUGACGUCAUAUCUCUCGUUGAUUGGGUAGCGGACGCCGCGUACAAUGUAUUCCCCCUGGGUAUCAACGAUCCGUCGGACGGCGAUAGAAAAUUGUUAGAAGAUCCUUAUGAUCUAGUGGCUUCCCCCUAUGGUUGGCACACUCAGGGUAAAAAAAAUUUUACCAACACCAUCGGGAAUAACGUUUAUGCUCAUGAAAACUUGAAAGGAAGACGUGACUGGGAGGAUAACUAUCGUCCGGAAGGUGGUGACCUGUUGACCUUUGAUUUUCCGCUGGAUUUGAACCAAGCUCCCAACACUUACAUCGAUGCUUCGGUCACAAAUCUAUUUUACUGGAACAAUAUCAUUCACGAUUUGUUCUAUCGGUAUGGAUUCAACGAGAUCGCCGGCAAUUUUCAAAAAAACAAUUAUGGCAAAGGUGGAAAAGGUGGGGAUCCCGUGAUCGCCAAUGCACAAGACGGAUCUGGAUUCAACAAUGCCAAUUUCGCGACACCUCCGGAUGGCCAGAAUGGAAAAAUGCGUAUGUACGUUUGGGACAUUUCUGAUCCGUGGCGUGAUGGCGAUUUGGAAUCCGGCAUUAUCAUCCACGAAUAUUCUCACGGUAUUUCCACGAGAUUAACCGGUGGACCCGCAAACAGCAAUUGCCUUGGAUGGGGUGAAGCGGGUGGAAUGGGUGAAGGUUGGGGUGACUUCUUCGCCACCAUAUUACGAAUGAAUUCAACUAUUGAUCGCACAAGGGAUUUCGGCAUGGGCGACUGGGCAAACGGCGGUGAAGGCAUAAGAAAGUACAUGACCAACCCAGAAACCUUUUCGUAUCUGGACAAACCAGGAUACUGGGGAGUUCACGCUAAAGGAGCGGUUUGGGCGGAACUGUUGUACGAAGUAUAUUGGAAUCUUGUGGACAAACACGGAUUCACUCCCGACUGGUUCCCACCGACUGACAAUCAUCCAACAUCCUUGGCCAAAUGGUAUUCCCGAAAAUCUCUUAACAAGAAAAUUAGAACGCCCAAGCAUGGCAACACUCUGACCCUACAAUUGGUGGUGGACGGAUUGAAAUUACAGCCAUGUCGACCGACAUUUAUCGACGCCAGGGAUGCGAUCAUUCAAGCCGAUGAAUUGCUAACAGGUGGUGAGAAUGCAUGUGAAAUUUGGCGAGGAUUUGCAAAGAGGGGACUUGGAUUGAAAGCGAAGAUUGUUGGUGGCACUCCUUGGGGAGGCGGUAUCCGGAAGGAGAGUAAUACCAUCCCCGAGAGAUUAUAUAGGGAUUUGCUCAUAGAAAUCGCCAGCUUUCUAGAAAGAACGCAACACUAG